AUGUUGUUUUCCGCCCUAUUGCAAAUACGUGCACAUGCGCACAGGGGGGAGGGGGGGGGAAAGCGUGAGAGGGGUAUUGACGUGAGGAUGGCCAAGAAGGAAAAGAUACCGCCGCCAGGAACUAGCAAAGAUCCGACGACAAACUUCUACACAAGAAGGAAGUGGCGGACGGCACUUCUCCAGGCAACUCUUGAGCUGCAGGGGAGGAAAAUCAUCCCCCGCGGUGUCUUGAUCAUUGGUACGGCUCUCAUGAAGAACAAACAUGUGGUGCGCCUAGAUCUUUCGCAAAACAAUAUCGGUGAUGAGGGGGCCGUGACGAUGGCGGAGGUUCUUCGGAAAAAUGAAACCAUUCAAUAUUUGAAUCUUGCGCAGAACGGUAUUACAGACGUGGGAGGGAUAGCGCUGGCCAGUGCCUUCAUUCCAAAUGUCAAUCCCAAUGGGCAGCCCGGACAGUGGAACCGCAACUUGUUCACCAUCAUUCUGGCGGGAAAUGACUUGGGUGACGACACGCU